AUGCGCUUUUUGCAUCUGAUUCGACCCGUCAUGUGCGUUCUGCCUGAAGUGGCACAGCCUGACCGCAAGAUUCCGUUCCGUGAGAAAGUGCUUUGGACAAUCAUUACGCUCUUUAUCUUCCUCGUAUGUUGCCAGAUUCCGCUCUAUGGUAUUCAGACGACCAAGUCAUCGGAUCCACUCUAUUGGAUGCGUGUAAUUCUUGCCUCGAAUCGUGGCACACUCAUGGAGCUGGGUAUAAGCCCUAUUGUAACGUCAGGCCUUGUCAUGCAGCUGCUCGCUGGUUCCAAGAUGAUUGAAGUCGACCAGUCACUUAAAGAAGACCGUGCACUGUUUAGUGGCGCCCAAAAGCUCUUUGGCAUCCUCAUUACGCUGGGUGAGGCUGUAGCUUACGUGGUCUCAGGCAUGUAUGGCAACAUUUCAGACAUUGGUGCAUUCAACGCUAUCCUUAUCAUCGUGCAGCUACUGUGUGCUGGUGUAUUGGUCAUCAUUUUGGACGAGAUGCUACAGAAAGGCUACGGUCUUGGCUCGGGUAUUUCGCUCUUUAUUGCUACUAAUAUUUGUGAAAACAUUGUCUGGAAAGCCUUCUCCCCCACGACCAUUAACACUGGACGUGGCACGGAGUUUGAAGGUGCUAUCAUUGCUCUGUUUCAUCUGCUGAUUACUCGCUCGGACAAGUUGCGUGCUCUCAAGGAGGCUUUCUACCGCCAGAACUUACCCAAUGUCACCAAUCUGCUAGCCACUAUGUUUGUUUUCGUUGUGGUCAUCUACUUCCAGGGCUUUCGUGUGGACCUUCCCGUCAAGUACCAGAAGUUGCGUGGCCAGCAGGGAACGUACCCGAUUAAGCUCUUUUACACGUCCAACAUGCCUAUCAUUUUGCAAACGGCUCUGGUGUCGAACCUGUACUUCAUCUCGCAGCUGCUGUACAAGAAGUUCAGUGGCAACUUCCUCGUCCGUCUGCUCGGUGUGUGGCAGGACGUGGAAGGAAGUGCCGGUCAGACGGUGCCUGUGGGUGGAGCCGCGUACUACAUGUCAGCUCCCAGCAACUUGGCGCAAAUCUUGUACGAUCCACUGCGUUUCGUUAUGUACGUCAUUUUUAUCCUCGGUUCGUGCGCGCUUUUCUCCAAGACGUGGAUUGAGAUCUCGGGCUCGUCGGCUCGCGAUGUGGCCAAGCAGUUGCGUGACCAGCAGAUGGUAAUGAAGGGCCACCGUGACUCUUCGAUUGUGCACGUGCUCAACCGCUACAUCCCCACGGCUGCUGCUUUUGGCGGCAUGUGCAUUGGCGCGUUGUCUAUGGUUGCAGACUUGCUAGGCGCUAUUGGCUCGGGCACCGGUAUCCUGCUGGCUGUGACUAUCAUCUACCAGUACUUUGAGACUUUUGCACGGGAGCAAGCGGAUAUGCCGUUUAGCGGUCUCUUUGGAUUUUAG